AUGCGACAGCGUCUUCGACGACAACAGCGUCGUAUAAAAAUUCGAACUCGUUCAAUGAGUAUGACAACUCAGAUAGCUUUAGAUGCGUUAAAUAUGUUACAUAUAUCGAACGAAUCGAAUACAAAACCAUUUGAAUUUAUUGAACGAUAUGAACUAACAAGACAGCAUGCACUGAACAUGCCAUUUGAUCAACGACCAAUUGUGUUUUUUAUAGAACAUGAAAACAGUCAAGCAUUUUCAACGUCAACAAAUGAACUAUAUAACACUAUGGAUGAUGAUGAUUAUUAUUCAAGUUAUGUAUAA